AAAUUUGUCAAAAUUUCGUACUGUAGAAAAAUUGGGAAAAGUUCACUUCCGAUAAUAUUACAAUGUCCAGCACAAUUUGCAAGGUCACCCAGACGCAUUGUGGGAUCGCAUAACAAAUUUCCUCGUCUGCGGCCGGCUGCAGAUGCAGACUAGACGUACAUGUACUGUAUGCGAAAGCUAGCCUCUGUAUCCAUCAAGUCCAUCUGUCAAGCAUGAAUUUACGAAAAUAGAAACGUUUUGUGCAGCAAAUUUGCCGGCACACCGGCCCUGUUGUCUAUGUCUGUAACAUGCAGGGGAAUGAAUAGUUAUCUGUUCGCCAUUUGGGAGAUAAACUGUGGCCAAAAUGGUGGUUUUUAACGGCACAAUUCGGAUGCGAGUGUGCGAGGCGGUGGACCUGAGACCGACCGAUUUUUCCACCAGACACAGUGUAACAUCGAAGGAUUCGAAGAAGGCAGCAGCCAAUGUGAUCGACCCGUACAUUAUCAUCACCGUGGACGAUCAACAUGUCGGCACGACAAGUAUAAAGCAAAAGACGGUCAAACCGUCAUGGAAUGAAGACUUUGAUGCCAAAGUUCAAAAUGGCGAGAAUGUUUUACUUACAGUUUACCACAGCUCCAUCAUUUCUUCCGAUGAUUUUGUGGCGAAUUGCACGGUGGCGAUUGAGGAUCUCUUGCAAAAUGGCGUGAAUAAGAAUGGUGCAAGCAUUUCUGACAUUUGGAUUGACCUUGAGCCGUCUGGGAAAGUCCAUGUUGUCAUUGAACUCAAGGGAUCAUCUGAAGAUCCACCAAAGGAGAAGGUUUUCAAAGUCCGGGAAAAUGCAAUGCGAAAGAGGCGCGGGGCGGUGCGACGGAGGGUACAUCAAAUCAACGGGCACAAAUUCAUGGCAACAUUUUUGCGACAACCAACGUACUGUUCACAUUGUAAGGAUUUUAUCUGGGGUUUUUACAUGCAAGGGUAUCAGUGUCAAGUGUGUACAGUGGUGGUGCAUAAGCGAUGUCAUGAGGUCGUAGUCUCACGAUGUCCAGGACACAAGGAUGACGUAAAAGAGCAGUCCCAGUCGCAGUCACAGCGCUUCAACAUCAACUUGCCACAUCGAUUUAGCGUUCAUAGUUUCAAGAAGCCAACCUUUUGUGACCACUGCGGUUCACUGCUCUACGGCUUACUACGGCAAGGGUUGCAGUGUGAAGCGUGCAAGAUGAACGUCCACAAGAGAUGCGACAAGAACGUUGCGCCAAACUGCGGUAUCAACCCCAAGAGAAUGGCCGAGAUCCUGUCUGAGAUGGGCGUCACUGGCGAUAAAUUGUCAAUACGCAGGAAAAAGGCCUCCAUCUCGGAAUACCCCAAAUUGGGUUCCUUGGAUGCCUGUGCCUCCUCCUCACGCCCCUCAUCCCGGCCCACUUCGCCUCGAUCCGCUCCCGCUGAGCUGGCAGGUGUUCCCAAGCUUGUUAUUGUUAGCAACGACUUGAAUGCAGGCAUCACCAAAAUCCACGACCUGACGGCAGCUACGGACAAGCUAGCGAUGGAGAUCGAUGACAGCAAGUUGGGCGUGUCCCACCUGGGCUCUUCCGUCCUGCGGACCCCCUCCCUCAAGGAGGAGCUGGAGCGGAUACCCAAGCGCAAGUUCAACCUGGAAGACUUCAACUUCAUCAAGGUCCUAGGGAAGGGCAGCUUUGGCAAGGUGAUGCUCGCGGAGAAGAAGAACAGUGAAGAGGUGUAUGCGGUGAAAGUACUGAAGAAGCAUGCCAUCAUACAGGACGAUGACGUGGAAUGCACCAUGACAGAGAAGCGAGUACUGGUUCUAGCCAACAGACACCCCUUCCUGACCUCUCUACAUUCCUGCUUCCAAACUGUGGACCGACUGUACUUUGUCAUGGAAUAUGUCAACGGUGGAGACCUGAUGUUCCAAAUCCAGAGGGCCAGGAAGUUCAACGAACCCCGAGCGAAAUUCUACGCAGCUGAAGUAAUCCUUGCACUACAAUUCCUGCACCGGCACGGUGUUAUAUAUAGAGAUUUAAAAUUAGACAACAUCUUGUUAGACAUGGAGGGCCAUUGUAAGCUUGCCGACUUUGGUAUGUGCAAGGAGGGCAUCAUGAACGGGAGAACAACGGCAACAUUCUGCGGCACACCGGACUACAUUGCACCAGAGAUUCUACAUGAGCUAGACUACGGACCGUCAGUGGACUGGUGGGCCCUGGGUGUUCUGAUGUACGAGAUGAUGGCAGGUCAACCGCCCUUUGAGGCUGAUAACGAGGACGAUCUCUUUGACUCUAUCCUGCACGACGAUGUACUCUACCCAGUCUGGCUCAGCAAGGAAGCAACGUCCAUUCUCAAAGCUUUUAUGGAGAAGAACCCUGCCAAGAGACUGGGUUGUGUGGAGAGCCAAGGCGGAGAGAACGCCAUCAGGCAGCACGCCUUCUUCUCCAGCAUCUCAUGGGAGAAACUAGAAGAGCUCAAAGUGGAACCCCCCUUCAAACCUAAGAUAAAAACGAAAAAGGACGUCAACAAUUUUGACGCCGACUUCACGCGGGAGGAGCCCAAGCUGACGCCCAUCACGGCCAACAUCGUCAAGUCCAUCAACCAGAACGAAUUCACCGGCUUCACCUACACACGGCCGGACCUGGACCGUCAGCAGCAGACCACCACGGACAUCGAUUGAUCACGGUAUGGGGGAGCGUGGUCUGGGUCACUUUAAUAGCUUCUUUAACAGCAACAAAAAAGGCUUGAAAGACGUCAUUAGUCUUUAGGAAUUGACAUUUCAAAACCGAUUUGCAUUCUUUUCUCUGAUUCGAGUUGAGAGUUUUAGAUAUCUCUAGUUCAGGGAGUACUGCCUAAGCGCUACAAGAGCGGUUGGUCUGAGCCAGACUGAACUCAGCUUCUCGGCAGAAGGAAAGAAGAGUGUCGCCUCCAGUGAGGAAGUUACUUGGGACAAUCUUCACCUCACCUUCACCUUUGAAUUCCUGCUUUUCCCGUCAGGUUGUCUUCAACGUCUCAUCCAGAUCCAUUAGUGUAACCAUGAUAAUUCUCGGUGAGAUGAGAAGCCGACGAUUUGCCACACAAAAAAACGGAGAAAAAGUACAAACUCCAAAAUGAAACUUAAAGCGCUUAUAGUCAGGUAGUAAUUACUGCAAAAACAUAUCAAAAACAAAUUUUGAAGAAAAAAAAUAAAGUAAAAAAAAUUUGAAGGGCGAAAUGUAAUUGACCUAUCGCGGUAGAAUCGCGGUAGAAUCGCGUCAACGCAGCUUGUGAAAUGUUGUCCAAGUACAUGAUAUACAAGUGGACACUGAACGCGCAAAAUCUGAGACAGCAAAACUUUAAUACCGUACAAAAACUCCAUAAGGUUGUCUAAGGGGCGUGGCUAACUCGCAAACGGCGAUAGGUCAAUUGCCCACCAACUUAUGACAGAAAGCGGUGCGAAUCGCUGAUGAAAAAAAUCACCACCCGUGAUGAUUUUGUCCGGAAUAAUUCCAGCGAAAUUGAUCUAACCACACAGCCUUGCAUUCCUUAUAUAUUUGCCUGCUCUGUGUUACAUUCACAUGCAUAGGCUGUGGUAAUAAUUUAUAUUUACAUGUACCAUCACAAAAUCCUGGUAUACAACAGAAAGCCAUUCUGUGAUGCUGUGGCUGAGUGACAUUCAGGCAUUUUGACAAAUUAGACGUUGUCGGAGUUGUUGGAUUUUUAGAAAUGACGCCACUGACCAAGCGGUUUACUUCUUGUUACAGAUUAAUAUGUUUAUU